AACGUGAAUGUGCAAGUCAUAUUGCAAAACCAACAAAGGUGUAUAUAAGGCCAAUACAAAGAGGAGAGCAGGUAUUGCAUUUUGCGUUAACACACUACUUGGCUCUACAAACCACCGCUGAUAGCAGAGAUGUCUCUCACACUCACAUAUUUUCCAGUCCGAGGUCGUGCUGAGGUCAUCCGAGUGAUGCUCAAAGACCAAGGGGCAGAGUUUGAUGAGAAGGUCAUCACCAUGGAGAUGUGGAAGGAGAGCACUCUCAAAGCCAGCUGUUUGUUUGGUCAGCUCCCUAUAUUUGAAGACGGUGACCUCACUUUGUACCAGACCAAUGCCAUAAGGAGACAUCUUGCACGGAAACUUGGACUCUAUGGCAAAGACCAGAGGGAGGCUGCUCUCAUUGACAUGAUGGAUGAAGCCAUUCAGGAUCUCCUAAACAAAUACGUAAAACUGAUGUUCGAGAAAGAUGACUCCGGUAAAGAGGGGUACCUUAAGGCACUGCCAACAGAUCUCAAGCCCUUCGAGAAAACCCUGUCCGGCGAUAAAGGAAGCUUUCUGGUUGGCGACAAGAUCUCCUUAGCCGACUACGCCCUGGUGAUCCUGCUGAUCCACCACCAAGUCCUCAGCCCCCCCUGCCUGCAUGCCUUCCCCUCCCUCCAGAGCUACCUGAAGAGGCUGUGUGCCCGACCCAACCUGCAUGCUUACUUUCAUAGCGACGACUUCAAGAACAGACCCAUCAUUCCUGGGAAGAGAACCUAAAGUCCAUGUGGCCUUAGUCCUCUUAUCAUACCUCAAUAUUAUAUAAUAUCUAAUAAGCCACAAUAUGUUUACAUUCAACCAGAAUGGAUCACCUUGAAUUGUAAUUAGGCUGUAUAUUGAGUACUGUGUGUCUUGGUGGAGUAGGUUUCUGUCUGUUUGUGCCUGGUACCAGUUCUACCCACUUGUGGCGAGGAGUGUUAAAAAUUAUGUUAUUGUUUAAUAAAGGACAUUUGCAUAUACAUAGAAUUUUCGCUAUUGUUUUGUGUGUCAAAUAUUGGCAGAUACGUUUUAUAUAAAAGCAAUAAUACCCUUGAGGCUGUGGUCUAUCAGAUAUAUUGUAAUGACUAGGUAGUUUUCCAGCCACCUUCUCCCAGCCAUGCAUGACAAUAUAUCCAAUAUACCAUGACCUCCUGGGCUUCAUUACUUAAAUAUUUUAAAUGUAAUAUUUUCCUUUUAGAAUAAGUGGUAGUAGAUCCUAUUGACACUUGUAGAAACAAUUGACUAAAACAUUGUCUCAAGUAUUCUAUUACAAACAGCAGCUCAACUUACCUACAGUGAAGAGCCAAAUGUGCAAGUCAUGGUUGUUGUCAGGUGUCAAGUUAAGAAAAAAAGAGUGUGAGGAGACAAUAUAUAAGGAAGGAGGAUCAGGUUUGGUAUUUGCAGUCAUAUAUUGUGAGCAUUUAUACUGAACAAAAAUACAAACGCAACAUGUAAAGUGUUGGUCCCAUGUUUCAUGAGCUGAAAUAAAAGAUCAACAGAAA